CGUCGCUGAAGCGGGAGGAAGAAAAGCGGGCGCCAUUUUGGUUCGAUUCAAUGAGAGGGACGAGGAAGGAGGGAAACAAGUUAUAAACUUCUCUUUGGCCUGGGAAGGGAGAGCUUCUCCCACUCCGGGACUAAAACGGGAAAAAUACUGUUGGAUGGUGUAGCUGACCCUUACACAUUUUGAGCAAACCCAGGGGCAAUGUUUUACGCCCACUUCGUCCUCAGCAAAAGAGGGCCGCUGGCCAAGAUCUGGCUGGCGGCCCAUUGGGACAAGAAACUGACCAAAGCCCACGUCUUUGAGUGCAACCUGGAGAGCAGCGUGGAGAGCAUCAUCUCACCCAAGGUGAAAAUGGCUCUGCGUACAUCUGGUCACCUGCUCCUGGGGGUGGUGAGGAUCUACCACAGGAAGGCCAAGUAUCUCCUUGCUGACUGUAACGAGGCGUUUAUAAAGAUCAAAAUGGCUUUCCGGCCAGGCGUCGUGGAUCUGCCUGAAGAUAAUCGCGAGGCCGCUUACAACGCCAUCACCCUGCCCGAGGAAUUUCACGACUUUGAUCAGCCGCUCCCGGAUCUCGACGAUAUAGAUGUAGCACAGCAGUUCACUCUGAACCAGAGCCGAGUGGAGGAGAUCACCAUGAGGGAGGAGGUGGGGAACAUAAGCCUCAUGAAUGACGACCACUUUGGCGAUUUUGGCAUCGAAGACCGGGAGAUUCUCAGAGAAGAGGCUGCCUUUGAGGACACAGCCUUUAUGCAUGGUUCCUCUGCCUCCAACCUCCUGUUGGAGGCGGAGCCUGGUCCCGCCCACCUUCCCGACAAGUCGACCAACCUCGACUACGACGACUUUGGAGAUAAAAACCUGGAGAACAGCGACGGUGGGAUACUCGUGGAUAAGCUCUUGAGUGGCGAUGGCGGCGGGGGAAUUUUCGACGAUCCUCCGGCCAUCACGGACAGCGUCAUGAUGCCUCCAGGUCACGGAGACGACGAUGACGACGACUAUGACCACCUUUCACCGGCCGGAGCUCCGGACAGCCCUGAUUCAGGUCCGGUUGAGGCUCUACCCAACACUACAGACCAGACGGAGCAGACCACGCUGGUGCCCAACGAGGAGGAAGCUUUUGCUCUCGAGCCCAUCGACAUCACCGUGAAAGAAACAAAGGCGAAGAGAAAGAGGAAGCUGAUCGUGGACAGCCUGAAAGAGCUCGACAGCAAGACCAUUCGUGCCCAGCUAAGCGAUUACUCCGACAUUGUGACUACACUGGAUCUGGCCCCACCCACCAAGAAGCUGAUGAUGUGGAAGGAGACUGGAGGUGUAGAGAAGCUCUUCUCUCUGCCUGCCCAGCCUCUCUGGAACAGCAGACUGCUCAAGAUGUUCACACGCUGCCUGACUCCACUGGUACCAGACGAGCUGAGGAAGAGGAGGAAGGGCGGUGAGGCUGACAGCCUGGAGGAGUUCCUGAAGGAGCUGGAGAACCCUGAGGUUCCCCGUGAGGAACAGCUGGGCCACAGGGCUGACAUCAUCGAUCAAACCAUCGUGGAGGAACCCAGCAUGCUGCAGACCUCAUCUGUGGAGGGCAGCAGAACCACACUGGAUGAGACCCUGAUGCCUCCUCCUUCACGGCAACGUGGAGUCAAACGCAAGUCCCAGGAUCCUGAAGCCGCUCUGCCUACAAUGAGCAUUUUGGAUCAUUCUGUGCCUCCGCCUAUGGAGCCGUCAGUGUUGUCCCAGCAGCUGGACAUGCCACAGGUCGACCUUCCCCCAGAGGACAGCAACAACUUGUCGCGAAUCGUACCAGAGCUCGACCUGCUGGGAGAGAAGAGCAAGGACAAGGACGACAGCGAAGAGGAGGAGGAGGCCGAAGGACAAGGUGGAGACCAAGACCAAGAAGAGAGACGGUGGAACAAGAGAACUCAGCAGAUGCUGCAUGGACUUCAGCGUGUCGUGGCUAAGACUGGAGCACAGUCCAUCAGCCUGCUGGAGCUUUGCAGAAACAACAACAAGAAACAAGCCGCCGCCAAGUUCUACAGCUUCCUUGUCCUGAAGAAACAGCAAGCGGUGGACCUGUCCCAAUCCGAGCCUUACAGCGACAUCAUCGCCACGCCAGGGCCACGAUUCCACAUUGUAUAGACGCAUGUUCUUAUGUUUUUAGCUUGUAUUUAACACUUUUUACUGUUUCACAGUCUUUUGUACCUAUAUCUCGGGCUUGUUUUGGACCAAUUUUGUAUUAUUUGUGUUUCUUUUUUUUUUGCAUCAGGAGCAUUUGAUUGAUCAUGUUGAGAUUCUACUCCAUGCACACUUUGCAUGUCCAGUCCCUUUUAUACUCCUGUAACCUCAGUACCAGACUUGUGCAUCCUCAUUUUUUUUUUCUUUUCUUUUCUUUUUCAGAAAUUGUUUUAUCGUUAUGGUUUUACCCAACUAGAUUUUACAUCAAGAUACUUCGUAGAAUAGCUGUAUACAUUUUUACCUUUUCGGUAAUAUCACAUUUGAGAGACAAAGGUUUAUUUUUGGAUGUCUGGUGUAUUUGUUGAAUAAUGCAAAAGCUCAGCAUUUUGUAUCUCUUUUAAUGAUGGUUAUUAAAGGUUUAUUAAAACAGA